AUGAAUCCAUACGAGCAACAGAGGAUUAGAGACGAAAUCCCUCCCUCCCUUCAAGAAAACCAAAACCAUAUCAGGAAGAUAGGACCGAAACCCGAUUCAAAAGAAUGGCCGUGUCCCAUUUCAUCCGACUCGCCGCAAACGGGUUGGCCCGAACCGAAGCCCCGAUCGGAUCCUCCUCCUCCUCCUCUUCAACCUCAGGAGAAAGAGAGACUCUCUGUGUUACAAGCACAGAACAAGGCUUGCAAAGCUCUCAGGGAAUUUCUGAGUAGUUCUGGUUCCGACGACGAUGAAGAAGAAGAGGAUGAUGAUAGGUUGGUAGAAUUUGAAAAGUUUUUCAUUAGGGUUUUCAUGGAAGACAGUGAACUGACUGGUUAUUACCAGAGAUGUUUCGAGGAUGGAGAGUUUUGCUGUUUGGUUUGCGAUGCUGGGAACAAGUAUAAGGACUGUAUUGGUCUUGUUCAGCAUUCCAUUUCAAUUUUGAGGACUGCUAAUAAAAAGGCUCACAGGGCUUUUGGACAGGCUGUGUGUAAGGUUUUGGGUUGGGAUAUUCAUCGCCUUCCAACUAUUGUUAUUACUGGGGAGCCUCUUCGAUGUUCAACGGAGGGUAACCUUAAGAAAAGUUUUGCUGGUAAUGAUGAUGGAAAGGAUGGUUCCAGCAAAACAGAAGAUAUAGCCGUGUCUUUGGAGCAUGUUGAAGAUUCUAUUGAGGAGCAUGUAAAAAGGGCCGAUCAGAGUAUUGGUGAGUGUUCUUCCAAGGAAGGUGAUAUUGAUGCAAAAGUGGUGGAUAUUGGUUUGGAAAAUGGAGAAGCCAAAUUUGAGGAUCAUGAAGGAGGAGUUGAUAAGAGUAUUGGUGAAGUUAUCAAUUUAUAA